CCGGGAGAGUUUAUGCUAACGUUAACAAAAUUUUCUGAGUAUAUACCCAUCCCCAUGCCUUACAUGAAACAGUUCACGAAUGGCUACGAUGCCGGCAUCAAAACGCGUGAAACUUUCCACCACAAAAAGUGUUCAAAAAAAAACAAGUGACAAUUUACCCACACUAAAGGAUAUGCUGCAAAGCAACUUAUCCAAAACUGCAGCACAACAGGAAGACAUCAUCAAUUUGGUUACCGAAGACGAGGGUGGUCAAACUGAGAGAACUACAACUACCCAUCUACGGAACAAUAGUACAUACAGUACUCUAGAUGAGUUGCUGGACCACUUGGAUGGUAACAUCCAUCAUGUAUAUGCACCCCAAAGAGUAAUACCCACACCAAAGCUCAGUGACGCAUCGUUGGAGCACGGCCUAAAAACAAGCAGUGUCAAUAACAUGCUUCAUUAUCAACAUCAUGCAAGUGCUGCAGCAGCGCCUCCUGCUGCAAUAUUACCCUCAACAUCUACCAGUUAUCAAUUACAGUAA